AAAGUAGAACUAUGGAGUACAUGGAUCUAUCACAAAAUCAAAUUACUGGAAAUAUUCCAAGCAUCAUCGGAGCAUUUGAAAGCUUAAGGUACCUGGACUUGUCAAAUAAUUCAUUUCAAGGCAUCAUUCUAGAAUCUUCUGAAAACUUGAAAGGUUUGGAUAUUUUAAAUGUCUCUUUCAACAACCUCUCUGGUGCAAUUCCCAAGUCGCUUGAGGCACUUUCAUACCUUAAGUAUUUGAAUUUGUCUUUCAACGUGCUAUCAGGAGAGAUUCCAUCAGGUGGGCCUUCCGUAAACUUUACAGCCGAAUCAUUUAUUGGAAACAAGGCACUUUGUGGGAAUCUAACUUUUGGAGUUCCAACUUGUCCAAGACAUCCCCAAGGAUCAAGGGUGAAACAUAAUUUGCUCAAAUAUAUUGUUCCUGCAAUUGUCUCAGUCCUCAUCUUUGUAGCACUGCUUUAUAUUCUCAGCGCACGUCGAGAAAGGAACAUGCAGGUUUCAAGUGCACUUAAUCAAUUGCCUGGCUUGGAGCAUAGAAUGAUAUCAUAUCAAGAAAUUUCUCAAGGGACAAACAACUUCUGUGAAAGCAACUUGCUCGGCGCUGGAAGUUUUGGUUCUGUGUACAAAGGAGCAUUAUCUGACGGGACAAUUGUUGCAAUCAAAGUUUUAAAUUUACAAUCGGCAAAUGCUUUCAAAAGCUUCGAUGUAGAAUGCAAUGUGUUACGAACUAUCCGACAUAUGAAUCUUGUUAAAGUCGUGAGUACAUGCUCUAACCCUGAGUUCAGAGCUUUGGUGUUGCAAUACAUGUCGAAUGGCAGCCUUGAAAGAUGGUUAUACUCUUACAACUACUGCUUGAAUCUUCUUCAAAGAAUAAGCAUUAUGCUCGAUGUGGCAUAUGCAUUGGACUACCUUCACCAUGGGCAAUUAGAACCCGUAGUGCACUGUGAUUUGAAGCCCAGUAAUAUCCUUUUGGAUGAGGAUAUGAUUGCACAAGUCGGUGACUUCGGCAUUGCAAAGAUCUUAAUCGAAAGCAAAGAGGCAACACAAACCAAAACUCUUGGUACACUUGGCUAUAUUGCACCAGGCUUCAGGUGUUCUGAAGAGUUGCCAAAUGAAAGGAUCGAUAUCAAAGAUGUGAUUGUCAACCUUAACAAAAUCAAACUGUCACUUUCUGAGAACAGAAACAGGGGUAUCUGA